AAAAUCGGAGGCGCACUUCAGCGAAGGCGUGAUAAUUGUCGAGUGCGAAUUGAACCACCGUUCCGUUCGGUACUUAUUGUUGCAGUCAGAAUUCGGUAGCGGAGUGCUCCUGCGUGUUGGGUAGAAUGGGAAAAUCCCCCGGUGAAACGCAGACCACAUCCGUUCCUUACGAUCGCCUAAAGGAUACCGAGGCAGGAUCAUCCGGUGAUGAUCGUGGACGGGGCAUCGUGGACCGGGAGGAGGAGGUAAAAUCCAACUCGCAAGGUACCGCAGGUGAGAUAAGGGCUGUUGGGAACGGUUAUCAGAACGGCAGCGUUGGAGCCAAGAGAGUUGCUGGAAUGGGGGGUGGCGAAACGAGGGCAAGCAGCGCGGAACAAGAAGAACUGUUCGCAGAGUACCGAGACGAGCGACGCGAAGAUCACGAUUCACCAGCGCAGAUAGAGCCGGAUGAUCCCGAAAUGAAUCGCAACAAACGAAAUAGUGCGACCGAUCGAGCGGCAGGAUCGCCCCGGUUUAGCCGGAAGCUGGCACUACUAAAUGUGUUGGCGAAUGGGCUUAUGUUUGCCGUGGCCGGGUUCAUCACGUACCACUGCUUCAACAAAGCGGUGGUCCUGUUUUCGUGGCAUCCCUCCUUCAUGGUGAUUGCGUACCUGAUUCUGAUGUCUCAAGCUGUGCUGACAAUGUCGGGAACCAAUUACUUCACCCACCGAUGCAAUCACCGAACGAGAGUCUUCAUCCAUUGGCUGCUACAGGCGGUUGCUGGCAUUCUGAUCAGCAUCGCCUCCGUAUGCAUCUUCCUGAACAAGAUACGACUCGGAAAGCCCCACUUUCAGACACUGCACGGUAUAUUCGGACUGGUGACUGUUUGUGCCACGUUGGCAUCGAUUGCCGGCGGUGUGACUACCAAGUACGCCUUUCAGCUCCGGGCGUACGUGAGGCCACUGUACAGCAAACUGGGGCACGGUAUAGCCGGUACCGUGACGUACUUGCUCGCUAUUACCACCAUCGCUUUGGGCGUGUACGGUCGCUGGUUCCAGGAGGAUAACGAUGCAACCGUCCGUUUGAUGUUGGUCGUGGCGAUCGCACUCAUUGCUCUGUACGUAAUUGUUACACCGAUCGUGAACACGGUGCAACGAAUUAAGACAGCGGCUCGGACAACACUUUAAGACUCGCGAAUCCAUUUGCGUAAUAAAUCCAAAAUGAUCUAUUUUAUUCCAUAA